CCGGCGCCUUCCGGCUGCGUCUUUGCAGCCCCGCCUCUUACGGCGCGUUCCUGAUCAUGGCGCAGGGGCAGAGCAAGUUCCAGGCGCGGAAGCCGGCAAAGAGCAAGGCAGCAACGGCCUCCGAACGGAACCGGGGCCCGAGGAAGGGUGGUCGUGUUAUCGCCCCCAAGAAGGCGCGCAUCGUGCAGCAGCGGAAACUCCAGAAGGACCUGGAGGUUGGGAUCCGGACGAAGAUCGAACAUGACGUGGUGAUGAAAGCCAGCAGCAGCCUGCCCAGGAGGCUAGCACUUCUGAAGGCCCCUGCCAAGAAGAAGAAGGAGGCAGCCUCUUCUACCAAUACCCAUUCUUAGGGACACUGGCCCAGCGGGACCACCACUGCAGCCCCACCUCCGAGCUCAGACCUGCGCAGGUGACCCCCCUCCCCGAGCAGCACUGCUGGGGAGGAGCAUGCGCCCAAGAGCCUGGGGUUCGCCUCACACUUCAGUGGGGGCCCAGCCUGUGAGCAGGUGGUCAGCAGGUCCGAAGUACACUAGUUGGCAUCCCAGUGCAUUGAGAACUCAGUGAGGGCUGGGAGGGUACAGUCACUGACUUGCCACGUUCCCCUCCCCAUCCCCAGAUCCUGUCUCCACCGGCUUAACCCAGAGCAAUAAACCAGACUUUGCCAUG